AUGACCUCCACCGAAGUGAUCCUGUCGGCACGUCCAGAUUCAGAUGCUGAUCUUCACUUCGUGACCGACGCCACCGACCGGGCUGUUGGUGGUGCACUCUAUCAGGCUGCUGAUGAAGCUCCUUGUCCUCUCGCUUUCUAUUUCCGAAAAAUCACAUUAACAGAGCAGGGCUAUAGCACUUUUAGCCGUGAACUCUUGGCGAUAGCCAAUAUCACAAGCACCUUCUGUCGUUGUAUUUUCGGAAAUAGCAAGCUGUCGCCAAUGGACAACGGAACUGAGGCCACAGCCAAAGGCAGUCAGGACCUGGGCUGCGGCUAUCUAUGCAUCCUGAAGCCACAUCGAUCCAGCCUACUCGGCGCGUGGCAGACAAGCGACGCUGUUCUUGAUCCAUCUUCAAGCCUACAGGGUCGACAAGCACAUAACCCCUCCACAAAUCCUGUCGUCGGAGACGUA